UGACUGUGUGUUUUUAGCACGACAGUCAGGCAGCGCUUAAGACAGUUUUAAAGAGAGUAUUAGAGGGCUCUAAUAGGGAAAAUGCUAAGUUAAACUCCUGAUGUUUGUCGGUCGUUCGUUAUAAUCACAUAGACGUGGGGCCGAACUGUCGACUGCUGGUUGCUGCUUCGGCGGAUUAACAUUAGCCAGUGUUAAUACUGUCACUGAACAUUUUUAUUUGAAGUUAGGUUUUUCACUUUGAAGACUGAUCCAAAAAUGCAAGUCAAGGACUGUCUAGUUUCUGCUCCUGGGAAGGCGAUCCUCCACGGAGAGCAUGCUGUUGUUCACGGAAAGGUGGCUCUUGCUGUGAGUUUAAACCUGAGGACAUAUUUGCGACUGAAAGCCACUUCUAACUGCAAAGUUUGCGUCAACCUUCCUAAUAUUGACACAUUCAUCUGCUGGGACCUAUCCGAACUGAAGCAGCUCCCACAAUAUUUCCAUGGUAAGAAGGAAGAGGUUCCUCGUCUGGAUGCUGAGCUUGUGAGGAAACUGCGUGAAUUUUUGGGUGUGACCAAUGGAAACUUAGAUAAUUGCGAUGCAGCCACCUUAGCCUUCCUUUACAUAUAUCUGUCACUGUUUGGAUCCAGUGAGCUGCCCAGCAUGACUGUGUCUGUGUGGUCAGAGCUGCCAACUGGAGCGGGACUUGGGUCAAGUGCUGCCUACUCAGUGUGUUUAGCUGCAGCUCUGCUCUGUGCAAGUGGAAUCAUCCCCACUCCACUUAAAGAGAUGGAUCACACAGCCAGAUGGUGUCAGGAGGACAUGGAGCUCAUCAACAGUUGGGCUUUCCAAGGGGAGAUGAUCAUCCAUGGAAAUCCUUCAGGGGUAGACAACGCUGUAGGAACAUGGGGUGGCAUGUUGAGAUUUUUAGCCGGGAAGAUAAUACCACUGAGCAGGGUGCCAUUAUUAAGAAUCCUUCUCACUAAUACCAAAGUACCACGUAGCACCAAGGUACUUGUUGCCAGGGUGAAGGACAAAAUUAACAAGUUUCCCUCUAUCAUGACUCCAGUGCUUGACUCAGUUGAUGCUGUUUCCUGCACUUGUGAGAAAAUCCUCUCAGAGAUGACAUCUGAGCCCAUUACAGGAGAGCACUACAAUAUUCUAGAGGAGUUGAUUGACAUCAACCAGCACCAUCUAAAUGUGAUGGGCGUGGGGCAUCCUUCACUGGACACACUCUGCCGCAUCACAUUGGCCAAAGGGCUCCAUAGCAAGCUAACAGGUGCCGGCGGAGGCGGCUGUGGCAUCACACUCCUGAGACCAGAAACUGACUUCUUGGUUGUCCAGAGUACCGUGCAGGACUUGAGAGACUGCGGCUUUGACUGCUGGGAAACAAGUAUUGGUGGACCAGGUGUCCAGCAGCACUGCCCUAUCUCUGUUAAGGAGGAAGUUCUGGAGGUUUUAAAUCGUUACUGAGACCUAUUUGUGGCUGAACAAGAAGACAGACGCACUGUUAAAUUUUUUUGUUUGUUCCCGCAAGAUGUGAGGUAUAGCAAACUAAUACCAAAGAAUAUUUCACAAUGAGUGGAGCUGGGACCAGACUUUCUGUCUCUACUUUCAUCAGUGUUAAUUACAGAUUUUCCUUAAUGAGAAUAAAGAAGAAAUACAUUUUAUUGUUAUUAACAACAAAGUCUUGUGUUUUCAGUGAAGCGUUUCAUGGAAGGAAUGUGAUGUGUACUGACCUUGGUGUCCACUAGGUGGCAUCACAGUUGCACAAAUACUUUUUAUAAAUCAGGAUUUGCUUUAAGAAGCUCUAAUAAAUUUGACUUGCAAGUGAAGCACUGACAGAUUAAGUUAUAUUUCCUUUGAAAUGUUAAAACUGGUAAAGCCCACCUGUUUUAAUGAAUUAGAUGACUGACAGACUUAUGACUUACUGUUGGCAUGGUAACGUGUGAUGUUUAAUAUAUACAAGAAGAAAUGAGAUUAUCUUUAAGGAUUUAUUUUUCAUGAAAUGAUUGUUGAGAAAAAGUCAGGAAAUCAAAAUGAUCACAAUGAUUUACUCAUAGAUUAUAAAUGCCAAAUGCUAAAUCAUGUAACAUCAAAUUUAGCUAAAGUAUGUUGCCCAUUUAUUGGUGCAUUGGUCAUUUAUCUCUAGCUUAAAUAUGAAAAAUGACAUUUAAAACUGUACAGGAAGCAAAUUUUUUAAAGAGUAUUUUGUUCUGCUUAUGAAUGUAGUUAAAGAGUAAAUGGCUGUGUGUUUUUUGCUAAUUGAGGGUGGAGAAAGGGGGACAGCGGGAGUGGUUGGCCUCUCUGGAGACCCUGGAUUAGCACCACAAUAAUGUGAAUAAACAACAACCAGCAUC